AUGCAGCGAUCAAGAACCCUACUACCCCGUCUCCGCUCCGUCCGAAGCUCCGCCUUCUCCACCUCCUCCCUCCGCCUCCAGGACUCCUCCCAGGGCAAGAAUGAACCAAAAACCCACUUCGGAUUCAAGUCCAUCCCAGAAUCCCUCAAAGAAUCCCUCGUCGGCGGCGUCUUCUCCUCCGUCGCUCCCUCCUACGAUGUCAUGAACGAUACCAUGUCCCUCGGUAUCCACCGCCUGUGGAAGGAUCACUUCGUCAGAAGACUAGACCCUGGCCGAGGAAAAGGCGGAAUGUCUAUCCUCGACGUCGGAGGCGGAACGGGAGAUAUCGCGUUCAGACUCCUCGACCACGCAACAGAUGUACACAACGACACAACUACCAAAGUCAUGUGUGUCGAUAUCAACCCCGAUAUGCUGAGAGAGGGCGAGAAGAGAUCUCUCAAGACUCGAUACGCAAAUACCGAGCGAAUCAAGUUCCAAGUACAAAACGCCGAGGAACUCACCGCGAUCCCGGAUGCUUCGGUGGAUCUGUACACCAUCGCAUUCUGUAUCCGAAAUUGUACUCACAUCGACGCCGUCCUCCGCGAAGCCUACCGCGUUCUCAAACCCGGAGGCGUCUUCUCCUGCCUCGAAUUCGCCCCCGCCGCAUCCCUCCCCGGUCCUCUUCCCCUUCUCUACAGACAACAUCUCUUCAAGGUCAUCCCACUCAUGGGCGAGCUCGUCGCGGGUGACCGGGCAAGUUACCAGUAUUUGAGUGAGAGUAUCGAGCGGUUCCCCAUGCCGGACGAUUUCUCGAGGAUGAUUGAGGAGGCUGGGUUUAACCUUGCUGGACGUGGAUGGGAGCCGCAGACGUUUGGUAUUUCUUAUAUCCAUACCGGUGUUAAGGUUUAG